GUCACUGUACUGUUUAUUCCUUGUAGUUAAUAAUUGGAGCAUUUUCUACUAAACAAGAAAGCAAACAGAGUAAAGGUUGGUUUCUUACUGAACUUCAGGCUUUAUAAUCCAGUCCAUCACAGGAAAAGGACGGGAGCUGCCUGGACAGGGCCUAAAUUCAUCUAUUGGCUCAAUUUGAAAAGGAAUCAUGGAAAGGAACAUCAUAUAUUUGUGGUUUUGUGCUUUUGCAUUAGUUCAUGGAAAUCAAGAGACUUCACCACAACCUCCCAUCAGUGAUAAACUCCCAUCAUUAAUAAAGAUGAACAAUGAUUUUGCUUUUGACCUGUACAAGAGGCUUGUAGAAAUGCCGGAGUAUCGGUCCAAGAACAUCUUCUUCUCUCCCCUCAGCAUAUCCAUGGCCCUUUCUGAGCUGUCUUUAGGAGCCGGUGGAGAAACCAAAGAGCAGCUUCUCAGCGGCAUCGGCUAUAACCGCUCGGUCUUCAGCACUGAAGAAAUGCACCAGAUGUUCCACAGUCUCCUGGAAGAAAUCGACCAGAGGACGGGGGUGGACAUCGAUGUCGGCACUGCUCUAUAUGCAAGCGACAAAUCUAAACCUCAUCCUAAGUUCCUGGAGAACAUGAAGGAGUUUUACCACUCUGAUGGCUUCACUGUGGAUUUCAAAGCUGCAGAAACAUUAGAUAAAAUUAAUGAAUAUGUGAAGGAAAAAACACAUGGGAAAAUAGAUCGAGCUGUUGAUUCUCUGGAUCCCAAUACUUUAAUGUUCCUUCUCACUUACAUAUAUUUUAAAGGAAAAUGGGACAUGCCAUUUAAUCCAAACAAAACCAGUGAGGAUAUAUUUCAUGUGGAUAAUGAGACCACCGUUCCAGUACAAAUGAUGCACCAAACCGAACUUCUCAAAGUUUAUUAUGAUGCUGAACUCUCUACUAAAGUCCUCUGCCUAGACUACAACGACUCUUUCUCCAUGUUUCUGGCUAUACCAGAUGAAAAAAAAGAUCUGACCAUCAAUGAUCUGGAAAAGGCCAUCUCUAGACAGCACAUUGAAAAGUGGAGGGGAUCUGUCUGGAAAAGAAAACUUGACGUCUAUGUUCCCAAGCUGUCUCUGAAGACAGACUAUACCCUAAACGAUAUUUUGAAGGGAAUGGGAAUAACAGACAUGUUUUCACAUAAAGCUGACUUCUCAGGAAUUGCAGAAGAAAAUUUCUAUGUUUCAAAGGUUUUGCAUAAAGCCACCCUGGAUGUAGAUGAGGAGGGAACCACCGCAGCAGCAGUGACCACAAUUGAAAUCAAAGUUGCUUUGUUACCAAUGCUGUUCCGUUUUGACCGUCCAUUCAUGAUCUUCAUCACUGACCAAAAAAAUGACCACAUCCUGUUCUUAGGAAAAGUUGUCAACCCAGCAGUGUGACAUUCAAGAUUUAUCCAGCAGAUGGCCAUAAUUUAACAACUAUCAUCAUGCCAACCCCUUUAGAAUUUUUCUAAAACAACUGUUGGUGUUACGUACUGUAUGAAGAUGGUUUCUAGAUCUCCUUUAAUACUGAAUGUCUGCUUCCAUUAUGGCUACGUUAAAUGGAAAUGGUAAGACGUCUUCAAAAGAUUUCAAUAAAAUAAAGAGAAAAGCAACUGGA